UCUCCCCUGUCCCUCCUCCUCCCUUUCCCACCCCUCUGAGUGGAGCUGCACAUGCGGCAGCUCCCUGCUCCGUUCCGCCCAGCCUCCGUUGCUUUGGAACGGGUGCCUGCAGCCCCUAACCGAUGGCAGGGCAGUAGCUGCCUGUCAGGGGUCCUGAACGGCUGAGGCAGACGCGGAGGCUCCAGGGCCUCAGAGAGUGGGUGUCUCCGGAGGCCAUGGGCUACCCAGAGGUAGAGCGCCGGGAACCUCUGCCCACAGCAGCGCCGCGGGAGCGGGGGAGCCAGGGCUGCGGCUGUCGCGGGGCCCCUGCCCAGGCGGGUGAAGGGAACAGCUGCCGUCUCUUCCUGGGUUUCUUUGGCCUCUCGCUGGCCCUCCACCUGCUGACGUUGUGCUGCUACCUAGAGUUGCGCUCCGAGUUGCGGCGGGAACGGGGAGCCGAGUCCCGCCUUGGCCCCGGCACCCCUGGCACCCUGAACAACCCCGGUGGCCUCGACCCUGACGGUCCCAUCACUCGCGACUCCGGGCAGCCAUCACCUCAGCAGCAGCCGCUGGAACCAGAAGAAACCACACUCCCCCCACACUCCCAGGACGGGCACCAGAUGGCCCUUCUGAAUUUCUUCUUCCCUGAGGAAAAAUCAUACUCUGAAGAUGAAAGGCGUGUUCGCCGCAAUAAAAGAAGCAAAAACAGUGAAGGAGCAGAUGGUUCCUCUCUUCUUAGGAAACAGUUUAAUGGGAGUAGCUGUAAGGGGAAAAAAGAAUACAAAGGUCCAGUUAAAAACAAGAAAAAGGGAAAGAAGGCAGGACCUCCUGGGCCCAAUGGCCCUCCAGGCCCUCCAGGCCCUCCAGGCCCCCAGGGACCCCCAGGGAUUCCAGGAAUUCCUGGGAUUCCAGGAACAACUGUUAUGGGACCACCUGGCCCUCCUGGUCCUCCUGGUCCUCAGGGACCCCCUGGCCUACAGGGACCUUCUGGUACUGCUGAUAAAGCUGGACCUCGAGAAAACCAGCCAGCUGUGGUGCAUCUACAGGGCCAAGGGUCAGCAAUUCAAGUCAAGAAUGAUCUUUCAGGUGGAGUGCUCAAUGACUGGUCUCGCAUCACCAUGAACCCCAAGGUGUUUAAGCUACAUCCCCGCAGCGGGGAGCUGGAGGUACUGGUGGACGGCACCUACUUCAUCUAUAGUCAGGUAGAAGUAUACUACAUCAACUUCACUGACUUUGCCAGCUAUGAGGUGGUGGUGGAUGAGAAGCCCUUCCUGCAGUGUACCCGCAGCAUUGAGACCGGCAAGACCAACUACAAUACUUGUUAUACUGCAGGCGUCUGCCUCCUCAAAGCCCGGCAGAAGAUUGCGGUGAAGAUGGUGCAUGCCGACAUCUCUAUCAAUAUGAGCAAGCACACCACCUUCUUUGGGGCCAUCAGGCUGGGUGAGGCCCCAGCAUCCUAGACUCCCUCCUGUUUUCUGCCCCUGCCCAUGCCCCUGUUCCAGGUUUGGGAGCCAGGACUCCCAGAACCUCACAGUGCUGCUGUGGAGUGAGGUAUGUGGGUGUUGCAGCCACAGAGAUCAAUACCCCAGUGCUAUUUAUUCCCCAGUGACUCCAGGAUGAGAAGGCCUGCUUAACUUUUCAGAAUGACCUUGGAUUAACAGGAUGGUUGAUGGGGCCCCAGGGCUUGCAGGAAGCAGGACCCUCUUCCUCUGCUCCAUGUCAACUGGAUUAUGGCAUGACUCUUCAACCUCCACGUCCCUGUGGUCAGAGUUACAGUUUCUUGCACUAAAAUGGGGUUCCAGGGCAGCAGGCAAGAGAAAGCAAAGGUGUACUCCAGACUGUGGGGGCAAGCCUCUGAUCCUAAGUGGCUGUUGUUCCUCUCUUGGGUAGGGCUGGGGUCAAGAGUUGGGGGGAAGGAGAGUGUUGAAGCCAAAGCAGAGGGGCAGGGAGGGGAAAGGCAGCCACUUGCAGCAGAGAACUAGGGAGAAACCUGCCAAGCAGGCAUCCUGGGAAAUGGAAGCCUUGCGGAUCCACGAGGUGGCCCUGCUGGAGGGUCAGAGGGUCGGAGAGCUCUUCCUACUCAGGCUGAGAGCCACUUGGCAGCUUGCCGGGCUUUGGGGACAAGGAGGUUUGCUCUUCUCCAAGCAGUUGCAGGGAAUGGCCACAAACCCUCCUGCACAAGAACCUGAGGGCAAAUUUGGGGCCGCACGUCUUUCACUUUGUUUACAGCCACGUUCCAUGCUCAGAAAAAUCUCUGGGUCCCCUCCUGAUCGCCCCCUUUCCCAGCCUGACCAGAACUCCUGUCUUCUUUCUCCACAGAGCCUACCUCUGUGUAAGACAGGUGCCUCACCUGGGACUUGUGCUUAUGUGAGUCUGGGAUACUCUUUCAAUGACCUGGGCACAACGAGACUUUUCUGUUUAUUAAGCAAUGCAAAUAUUCAUCUAGUCAACUUGUGUCUGGGGACAAAGGGUUGGACUGGAUGACCUCUGGGAGUUCCUUCAAAUUCGAAUAUCUAGGCAGCUUCUAUGAUAACCUAAGAAAAUUCACAACCCCUAGCCUGUUCCUCCUAGGCAUCAGCAAGGCAGAACUUUUCUGCCUGACUUCAAAAGGGCAAGAAGUGAGAUAGGACAGUGGGGUCUUGUUUUGUUUUUUGAGUUUGCUGUGACCCAGUGGCCAUUAGCCUAGUCCCUACCCAAAAGGACAGCAGCUGAUGCCCUACUGACCCACCUUGCUUCACUCUGGCUUCAGAAAGCCACAGCAGAGUCACCAAAGAUUCCAGUGCUGAUGGUCUGAUUCUAGGCUCAAGAGAAGCCAGCAUCUAGGCAUUGGGCAAGGCUCUGCCCUGUAGUCAGAUCCAAGGACACCUCCCCACCUCCUGACCCCAGCUUCCCCAUUGGAUCAUAUAAUGGGACCACUCAAGGGCCUUAUCUCUAACUGCCCUGGGGCCAGCCUGGUUUCUGGAUGAUGGGUCUAGCCCAAAGCUGGGACAGGCCAAUCUUGUACAGUGUGCUACUUUAGCUCCCAAAACAAGUUACCUUUGAGGGGAUGGGCAAAAGUCCCUUCAGGCAGCUAAAAUCCACCAAGAACAGGUACUCAUUUCUCCACUGUGCCUUCCCUUUCCGAACAAUUGUAAUGCUCAGCCCUUCACAGGUCAGGGCCCAAGGUGGUGGGCUAUGCCUCCGUUGCCUGGUUGCUAAUGACAACCUUGCAAACCAAUUUGGGGUGGACUUUAGGCAUGUGUCUGGCCCAGGCUCCUGUAAAGUGCCUUAGGCAGUCCUCAGUUGUAGCAAAAACUGAAGGGAACCCCCCUUCAAAUUUGGAAAGUACUUUCUCUCUCAUUAUCUCCUUUGAGAAUAUGAUGAAUCCCAUUGUUUAGACAAGGCUCUCAGAGGUGAAGUGCUUUGACCAGGAUCUUAACCAGUUUAAGCCUCAGACCUGGCAGGUCUAACUCCAAAGCUAUGCCAUUAUGCUGCAGCAUUGAUUUGAAUUUGUGGUCUAGAGAGAACCAAUAAAAAUGGGAAUAAGGACCCAAAAUUCUUCAGUGUCCCAGAGAGAAAUGCAGAAAUGCUCAUUUACAUUUCUUGAUGGUAAUUCCUUGAUGUUCUUUUGGCUGCCAGGGGCUUUGUGGCAAAAGAGUAGGACAUUUCUUUGGGAAACACCCAUCAGCCUUAGAGCUCUUUUGGUCAGAAGAAUUGUCUUGGCACCAUGUCUAAGCAGCAGGCCUCCAGUACCCACAGAACUGUACCCCUUAUGGUCUUCCACCCACCCAAUGAAUGACCCAACCACCCAUCGUGUACAGAAACCCCUGCCACAGGCAAAGUUGUCCACUGGUUCCCCUACAGACAGGUUAUGGGAGCUAGUCCACUUCCCACAGCAACUAAGGGACUCCUUAGCCCUUUCUCCCAUACCACAGAGAGCUUUGUACCCCCAGGAUGUCUCCUAAUGGAGGAAAGACCUGAGAGAGGACUGGCUCUAAAGCCAAAUGUGUGUGAGGAGAGGGAAGGAAAAGGCUUCUUAAUUGUACCCCUAAGGAACAGUCUGACACCCACCCUGUUGUCCAGGCAUGGAGGGGAUCAUAGUGGGAAUAGAAUUUGCACAGGACCCUUUAGCCAUUAUGAAUCCUCAAAAGGAACUAGAGGGGGGGAAGGUGAUGAAGGAAGCAAUAGACAGCUGGGGAGCCCUGUUGCAGUGAAGUCAUUGGCAAAGUGAUGAAGCAAUUUACUAGUAAGAGGAUGUGGAAAUAGAUUUACAGUCUGGAAUUGCGCUGACCUGAGUUCACCAGAGGGCCAAGGCUAGCAUAGAGAAUGGGAAUGAGGACAUUUGUGAGCAAGCAGAUGGCAGAGGUUUGAAGGAGAAUUGCAUGGCGGAGGCCUUUGCCAGCUGCUUGGGCUUCAGCAGCCAAAGCUGGCAUAAAAGGCAGCCAUUGGGGGCUGCUUUGCCACUGGUUUCUUGGGAAAUGUAGCCUUUGCCUUCUGUUCCCCUGCAUCCAUCCUGAGCCAAAUUUCUUUUGCUAAGCAGGAAAGGGCCAGGAACAAAGACUUUGAUCCAUGUGUGAGUAUGUGUGUUUUAUGUAACUUCCAGUGGAUGCAGAUAGAUUUCAGAGAAAUUUAGAGCAAGAACCAGAGGCCCAGAGAUGGAAGGCGACCUGUCCAAAGUGAACAAGCCGUGACCUACAGACUCAAAGGAGUGAGGGGGUGGAGCAGUCUCUGUCCCAUGGGGACCCCUCCUUUCUUCUGCCCAGAGACUCAAGGCUAGAAGCACUCCCUUUCAGGAGCCCGGCAGGGCAGGGAAAAGAGCAGCUGCAGCUGCCACCAGAACUCUUAUCCCCGAGACAUUCUCCCUGCUCCGGUCUCUGGACUGGAAGGCUCUGGGUUGGCCCAAUACCAGGAAGUUCUGAGGCUCCCAUGGCAUUGCCUCAGCCUCCCUUCCCUGCCCAGAGGCUCCCCUAGGCCAUGUGAACACAAAGAAGGAACCUAUCGUUUCUUUUGAUUCCUGUCAGAGCUUUCUCCAAAAGGACUUGGGGUGUGUCAUUUCUUGAUCCAAAAUACUUCCACCUGGGGUGAGGGGGUGAGCUUUGUGGUGAGAAUGGCCUGGAGUAGGCCCAGUGCUGCUUUGGGGGGGGGUCAUCAUCCAGUGUGAGAUACUAUGUAUAUAAACUAUAUAUAAUGUAUAUAAACUGGGAUGUAAGUUUGUGUAAAUUAAUGGUUUGUUCUUUGCAAAUAAAGCU